AUGGCCACAAGUCCCUUCCCGCCUCCUCCGGGCACGCGCGUCGAUGGCAGUGCCGGCGUGCGGCGUGGGCGGCGGCUGCUCGCGACGCGCCAGUUCGGUCCCGGAGAGGUGAUCGGCACGUUCCGCAACCCGCUGCUGGCGCUGCCCGUCGAGCGCGGGAUGCGCACGACCUGCAACCACUGCUUGCGGGUGGCGGGCGACCCAGCUGUGACGCAGCUCCGGGCGUGCACCGGGUGCAAAUUCGUCGUGUACUGCAGUGUCGCGUGCCAGCGGGCGAGCUGGGCCGCGGUGCACAAGCACGAGUGCAAGGUGUUCACGCGCAUGGCGAGCAGGACCGGCAAGGACUGGCUGCCAACGCCCGUGCGAGCCGUGAUGCAGGUCAUGCUGCUCCUCAAGGCCGGCAACGCGGCCGCGACGGCCUCGUUUGGCGACGGCGGCUCGCUGGAAGGCAACGUCGAUGCGUUCAAGAGGGACGCCGAGGUGUGGAACGACCUGAAGCUGCAGUCCAUGGCUGCCGUUGUCUACGGAGGAAUAUUGGAGUCGGAGGAGAUGCUUGAGAGAGCUGAGCGGGUGAUAUGCAAGAUACAAACCAAUGCCUUCAACUGGCUGGAUGCGGACACGGGAAGGGCAGGUGUCUUCCUAGAUCCUGCACUCGCCAUGGUCAACCACUCCUGCGUGCCAAAUGCUUUCAUUGGCUUCAACGGAAGGACCGCGACUUUGAGAACCCAGCAAGGUAUAGAGCCGGGGGAUGAGAUUGAGAUAUCCUACAUCGACUACACUCUUCCUAGGGCAACCCGCCAGGAAGAACUCAGACUCUACCAUUUCCAAUGCCAGUGCUCUCGGUGCAAAGAUGAGCUAAAUGUCUAUCAAAUCUGCGCAGAAUCACCUGCCAUCCCCCUUAACACCUUUAGUUUGCAACCAGACCUGCAGAAACUUCGCCUCCCACCCAUCGAGGGGCCCGGUAUGUCGUCGGCCGAGAUUGACACUAUCUACAAGGCCUGGAAAGCAGCCGCAAUACCAGAAUCCCAAGACCCUAUCCAACUUGCCCAGGCUCGCUGGAAGCUGUGUAAGCCCCUUGCCGACGCCAAAAUGUGGGCGGUAGAGCCGCUGCCAUCUACCCUGCUCCAACUGGUCAACUAUUACCAGGACGGACACCCCAAGGCGCUUGCGCUGUCGUGUUUCCUCGCUACGGAAUGCGAACCCUACAAGCUUGUGGCACCCUUCAUGCCGUGGCGAAUCAAGGGUGUCAUGAUGAUAGCAAAACUCUUGAGCGGGACAGCACAAAUAACUGCGAGUGGCGAACUCGCACACGCCUGCUCCCACAAGGGUCUGAUCGAAAUUUUGUCCAAGAGCGAUCAGGUCUCGAUGUGUGAAGCAAUGCUCCGUCUUGUUGUGCACUAUGCCCCGCUGGGAGAGUCGGACGACUGGGAGGUUCUCUCCGAGGCAACGACCAUGUUGGAUGACAUCGAGAGCUUAGAGGGCCGACAGAAUCAGUCCGCUUUACUUCGGGCAUGGGCAAAAUAUCCCCAAGAUCCCGAGGGCGGCGCUUUCUUCCACAGUGUCGUGUUGAAGCCAGUCAAUGAGCUCGCAGCCCUGGCCAUUGAGAUAGUCGACGCCGAACUGGGUAACGGCAAGAGUCUAGUUCGGAGGUAG